AUGUACGAGUAUGAGGAAGGCGUCAAGCUGGACAAGAAGAAGGCGGAGCGGCUCUAUCGCGCGGCUGCAGAUCGGGGCGAGGCGACCGCGCAAUGCAAUUUAGGGGCUUUCCUUCAUUCUGACGAGAAAUUUGAAGAAGCGUUCCGGUACUUUGUGCUCGCGGCGAAUCAAGGCUAUACCCCUGGAGAGUUUAACCUUGGCUGCUGUUACCAGCGCGGAAAAGGCACGGAACUCGACCUCGGCAAAGCCAGAUACUGGUUCGAGCGCGCCGCCGCCAAGGGCGACGAGGAUGCUAUAGACGAGCUCGCGCGCCUCGACGCGCGAAAAGCCGCGAAAAUUUACCGGCGCGCCGUGGAGCUCGGCGACGUGGAUGCAAUGAUAAACCUUGGGUUAUUGUACAGGACCGGGAGUGGUGUCAAGCUGGACAAGAAGAAAGCGGAGCGGCUGUAUCGCGCGGCCGCAGAUCGGGGCCACGCGGUCGCACAAUGCAAUCAAGGGAAUUUACUUUACUCUGAGAAGAAAUUUGAAGAAGCGUUCCGGUACUAUGCGCUCGCGGCGGAUCAAGGCCAUACCAAGGCGGAGUACAACCUUGGCAUUUGUUACAGGGACGGAGAAGGCACGGAAGUCGACCUCGGCAAAGCCAGAUACUGGUUCGAGCGCGCUGCUGCCAAGGGCCACGAGAAAGCUAUAAAGGCCCUCGCCGACCUCGACGCGCAAGUAUAGCCUAACAAUCUUUACGCCG